GGCCCGGGCAGCGCCAUGCAGAGAGCGGCGGGCGGCGGCGCCCCCGGGGGCAGCGGCGGGAGCGGCGGCGGCCCCGGCACCGCCUUCUCCAUCGACUCGCUCAUCGGGCCGCCGCCGCCCUCGGGCCACCUGCUCUACACUGGCUACCCCAUGUUCAUGCCCUACCGGCCGCUCGCGCCGCAGGCGCUGGCCCCGGCGCCGCUGCCCGCCGGCCUGCCGCCGCUGGCCCCGCUCGCCUCGUUCGCGGGCCGCCUGAGCAACACCUUCUGCGCGGGGCUGGGCCAGGCGGUGCCCUCGAUGGUGGCGCUGACCACUGCACUGCCCAGCUUCGCAGAGCCCCCCGACGCCUACUACGGACCCCCGGAGCUCGCCGCCGCCGCCUCCACCGUCUCGCGAAGCAACCCGGAGCCCCCGGCCCGGCGCACAGACGGAGCGCUGGAUGCGGACGAGCUGCUGCCUGCGCGCGAGAAAGUGACUGAGCCUCCGCCGCCCCCGCCGCCCCCGCCUCCGCACUUCUCAGAGACUUUCCCGAGUCUGCCGGCAGAGGGGAAGGUGUACAGCUCAGAUGAGGAGAAGCUGGAGCCCCCAGCAGGAGAGCCAGCAGGCAGCGAGCCGGAGGAAGAAGGCUCAGGCGGUGACAGCGAGGACAGCUUCCUGGACAGUUCUGCAGGGGGCCCAGGGGCUCUUCUGGGACCUAAACCGAAGCUAAAGGGAAGCCUGGGGACUGGCGCAGAGGAGGGGACACCAGUGGCCACAGGGGUCACCACGCCUGGGGGGAAAAGCCGAAGGCGGCGCACAGCCUUCACUAGCGAGCAGCUUUUGGAGCUGGAGAAGGAGUUUCACUGCAAGAAAUACCUGAGUCUGACCGAGCGCUCCCAGAUCGCCCAUGCCCUCAAGCUCAGCGAGGUGCAGGUGAAGAUCUGGUUUCAGAACCGCCGGGCCAAGUGGAAGCGAAUCAAGGCUGGCAAUGUGAGCAGCCGUUCUGGGGAGCCCGUGAGAAACCCCAAGAUCGUAGUGCCCAUACCUGUGCACGUCAACAGGUUUGCUGUGCGCAGCCAGCACCAACAGAUGGAGCAGGGGGCCCGGCCAUGACCAAGCUCCCGGGGACCGGAAGUCAAAGGAUCUGAACCUGUGCCUGCCCAAGACUCACUGGGUGCUGCAGCCUAGAGGGGCCUGGUGGACUCUGUUCUGGGAAAGACCAGCGUGUUCCCAGGACUGCGGCAUGAGUAUUCGGCCAGAGACUGUUCUAGAGACCUCAGGACCAGGGGUCUCAGGGAUGCAGCGUUCAUUCUGAUCCCAGAGAGCUUCUGGAGCAGAAGUGGAUUCCUGAGGUGGGGAUAUGAAGUGCCCAGGGCUCAGCCGGUUCCACAGCUAAGU